CUGGUUUCACAUUUCUCUUGAACGCAAACAACACUGGCGUCCGGGCGCUGCUGCGGAACCAGUCGUGAUCGCCCGACUGCUCGGCUUUUCACGGCUCACAGAUGUAAUUCGUCGCGUACCACGGACUGGAACCGACCAAUUUACACCCAUUCACAACCGGGCCACGGUUAGGACAUAUACUUACAAUCAUACUGUCAAAAUAUCAGUGACUUUUUCGAAGUCACCCGGCCAGCUAACGCGCGUUAGCAGGUUAGAUGUGAUUUUCAGAGGCGCAGAGAGCCAGUAUACGAGAAGCUCCGCGAUGUUUUUGUGCUUGGAUCGUUAGUUUGUCACCUUGAGACGAUAUUAAGUGUUUGAUUUGGUUUUGAAACGGACAUGUUGACACCUGUAUGACGGAUCAUUACUCGGAGUAACGCUGAUCUGAGCGCUGCUGAGUUGGCUAACUGGAAGGAGCAGCUCAAUAACUUGCCCUAAAGUUUUUGUGUGUGCUAAGCGGGACUUCCAUGUGUCUUUUCUCAGGCUUGUGAAGAAGAAACCAGGAUUUAAGUUUUGACAUUACUGAUGCGCAAUAAUAUACAUCCGUACAUUUAUAGUUUGGACUAAAUUAGGGACCCUUUUGCCACCCGGCCUAAUAAAACUUGUGAGUCCUCGGACUCGAUUUUGCACAUUUGUGCUGGGAACAAUUUUGUUGUAUUUUAUUAGCUGACGGGUUCAAAUUACUCAGACUAUUCUUUAAUGCUGUAAUUCCCUCGAAAACUCACUAGUUUGACUGCAGAAAAUCACAUAGGAAGUUGGCAUUCAAUGUUGACACCCGCCGAUAGGGUUAGUCGAAAGUUUUCAGUAAAAUUCGUCUUCCUGCCGAAAUUAGUAUGACUUAAUGACAGGACUUUUUGACUAAUCUGUGCUGGUUUGGGGUCUCACACCGAGCUCAGGAGUUCAUUUUGGACUUUGGACACUUUUCAUCUUGCCUUGCCGAUGCCACAUUUGAUUGAAUUGUGAGAGCUGUGAACACGUUCAGUUUCAGAAAAUAAACUGUCAAAUUCAACCUCAGAAUAUGUCGACGAGGACACCACUGUUACCCAUGAUUGACCACUCCACUGGCCAGGCUUUUAGACAUUGUGCUUGUCUGAAGAGGUGUUUAAACAACUGUUGAACACAACCUCUUUCCCAACAAUAUAUCAUCCAUCAACAGCUGCUGUUUACUUGAAGUAAACCUGAACCAUUCAGUCUGCUUUUUAAGUCUCACUCCGAUUCAAAGCGCUGCAACAUGCCCCACUCCACAGCAGACGAGCAGCCACACAUCGGCUGCUACAGGCUCCUGAAAACCAUCGGCAAAGGCAACUUCGCCAAGGUCAAACUGGCCAAGCACAUCCUCACUGGCAAAGAGGUGGCGGUGAAAAUCAUAGACAAAACUCAGCUCAAUUCCUCCAGUCUUCAAAAGCUAUUUCGGGAAGUGAGGAUCAUGAAGCUCUUGAAUCACCCAAAUAUCGUGAAGUUAUUUGAAGUGAUUGAGACCGAGAAGACUCUCUACCUGGUGAUGGAAUAUGCCAGCGGAGGUGAGGUGUUUGAUUACCUCGUAGCCCACGGCAGAAUGAAAGAGAAAGAGGCCCGAGCCAAAUUCAGACAGAUUGUGUCAGCAGUGCAGUACUGUCACCAGAAGUGCAUUGUCCACAGAGACCUGAAGGCAGAAAACCUGCUACUGGAUGCAGACAUGAACAUAAAAAUAGCAGAUUUUGGCUUUAGUAACGAGUUCACACUGGGCAACAAGCUGGAUACUUUUUGUGGCAGCCCUCCAUAUGCUGCCCCCGAGCUCUUUCAGGGGAAGAAGUACGACGGGCCGGAGGUGGAUGUCUGGAGUCUUGGGGUCAUACUAUAUACACUGGUCAGCGGUUCUUUACCGUUUGAUGGACAGAACCUAAAGGAGCUGCGAGAACGCGUUUUGAGGGGCAAGUACAGGAUUCCCUUCUAUAUGUCGACCGACUGUGAGAACUUACUGAAGAAAUUCCUCAUACUCAACCCAACCAAGAGAGGGAGCCUUGAGCAGCAGAUCAUGAAGGACCGGUGGAUGAACGUGGGCCAUGAGGAUGAUGAGUUGAAGCCCUACAUCGAGCCCCAACCUGACUACAAGGACCCUAAGAGGACAGGUCAGCACCCCAGCUGUGCAGGGGGUUGGAAGAGAGAUAUUAUGCUACGAAUGGGAUACUCUUUAGAAGAGAUACAAGACUCCCUUAUCAACCAAAAAUACAAUGAUGUCAUGGCAACAUACUUAUUAUUGGACUAUAGGAACUCAGAGCUGGAUGAACUAUCAAUAAAACCACGCCUAAGCACUGACCUCACAAACAACACCCAAUCACCUUCUCACAAGGGACAACGCAGCACCUCCAAUCAGAAGUCCCGCAGAUCCACAGACCAAAGCUCCUCCGUUUCCACCAAGCGUCCUCAGGGCGACAGUAAGCACAUUGCCAGUUCAAGCAGCUCCAGUAAAGUCCCUCCCAGCCCGCUGAUCUCUGGAGACCAUAAGAAAACUCCUACCCCUUCCACUAACAGCAUCCUGUCCUCAGGCACCAGCCGCAGCAGGAACUCUCCAAUCACUGAGAGAGCUACUCUAGGAGUACAGAACGGCAAGGACAGCCUGAACACUCCAGGGUCCCGCGCCUCCACCGCAUCAGCAGCCGCGGUGCUCGCCGCCUCAUCCCGCACCCGCCACCACAAGUCCUUGUCCACCUCCGCCCACCCCAGCCCCCCAGACCUCCAUGCACAUCGCCCCAGCACAGCCAACCAGAGAGCACCAGUUGUGUCCCCCUCAGCUCAGAACAUAAACAUUUCCUCAAUGGCUGACCGUACCAACUUCCCCAGAGGGGUGACGAGCAGAAGCACUUUCCACGCCGGCCAGCAGAGAGCCACACGAGACCAGCAAGCCUCAGCAUACAACGACCCCUCUGCCUCCCCCUCCCUUUCCCAUGGCAACAGCCAGGUGCGCCGUCCCGGGACGGGUAUCUUCAGCAAGUUUACUUCCAAAUUUGUACGCAGAAAUCUCUCAUUCAGAUUUCCCAGAAGGAGUCCGUAUGAGGGAGAGGGUCGAGAUGAGGCCAGCAGACCCAUGUUGAGCACAGCAGACAAGAUGGAGAAAGGUACCCAGGGACUGCCAGGCGACGAAAACAAGGACUCCUUCUCUUCGUCUUCUCCAGCGUCCAGCACACCCUCAUCCACCCAAGCCUCCAAGGACACCAAGCCACGCUCCCUUCGCUUCACCUGGAGCAUGAAGACCACCUCCUCCAUGGAGCCCAACGAAAUGAUGAAGGAGAUCCGGAAAGUUCUGGACUCCAACAGCUGCGAGUACGAGUUGCGUGAGCGCUUCAUGCUCCUCUGCGUUUCGGGCAUCCCUGCGCAUGACGACUUCGUCCAGUGGGAGAUGGAGGUGUGCAAGCUACCUCGCCUCUCUCUCAACGGGGUGCGUUUCAAGAGGAUCUCUGGAACAUCCAUCGCCUUCAAGAACAUCGCCUCAAAGAUCGCCAAUGAGCUAAAACUGUGAGGAAGUCGAUCGUUUCUGUGGAAAAGAUCUUGGGGAAUGGCCCUUAUGUUGGGUGUGAGGAGGCACUGUGAGGAAAAUCAUUGGAUUUGUGAGCUCUACGGCAGCAAUGAAGAGUCUUGAGGCUGAAAAGGGGGAAAGGUGUAAGACAGGUUCAUGGGGGACAUUUGUGCAUAUAGACAUAUUUCAGGGGGUUUAUUUUUUUGGGGAGGUGUUCUGUCUUGGUUUGGGUUUUCUGUUCCUUUCUCACCCUCCUCGAAUACUUUGUGUUGUCAUCUUUAUUUUUGGCAGUUUCAUUCAAAUGUUGUGGUUUUUCUUGGACCUCACAAUUGUCCUCAGUUCAGAAAGAGUUUAUAGAGCGCAAGAAGAGGUUGGCGUUAAUAAACUGGAAUUGUUUGCCAGUGAAUCUUUUUUUUUUUUUUUUUUUUUUCUCUACGAACGCAAACCAGCUACUGUCAUGGAAAGCUGUAGCUAACUCCCCCCAUACCCUGGUCCUUAUUCCUUGUUCAUCCCCAAACACAAACAAUGGUAAACUAAACCACAUUACUUGAUCUUACUUCCAAUUCCAGGUUAGCUGUGAUGAGCAGAGAUGGAGAGAUUCGCGGUUUGAUGCUCUGAAUGUACACAAAAAUUGAGACCCAAAUGGCUAGGCACAUUCAGUAGAGCCAUAAUUCGAAUUUUCAUAUUCACUUAUGCUCUGAUCGGUUCUGAUCUCGCCAAUGGUGUGGUAGCUAAUCCAUAACCUCUGCCCCAUUUCUACAUCACAGUACAGUGUCUUAUUUGAGCUGAAAUGGAAGUGUUGACUUGAACCCUCGGUGCACUGGAGGUGAAUCACCUCUUAGCACUCAAUGCCCAGACAAUUAGUUUUUUGUUGUUUUGUUGUUGUUUUUUUUUUUUUUUCCCUCUAUUGCAGGGGUUAUAUAUCUGAAACUAAUUAAGGGCCAAUUAAGUAAUUAUUGGUGGAUUGUAGUGUAAUUAAGACUUGCUGGUUGGAUCCAAUCUGCUGCACUGGAAUAAGUAUGUGUUUCGUUGCCUUUCUCUGGAGAAGAUAAUUAUUGAUAUUAUUAUAUGAAUAAACCAGAUGUUGGAUGA